UCUUCAGUCUUCUUGUAGCUACAUCACAAUGUCUCUUCCUUCUUCUUCAUUUACAGCUUUUCUUCUACUCUGAAUUCCAUCGCCAUUUUUGCUGUUCUUAUCCUUCUUCAUCUUCUUCGCAUAACUUCCUUGUUCUCCAACUGAAGUUUAUGUUGUAUUUGUUUUGAUUCGGAAUUUGGACGGAACGGACUGGUUUUUCUGGUCGCGAUCGGAGUUUAAUCUCUAUAUCUAUGUUUUUCCAGCUUCUCUGUUUUUUCCACUGUUUAUUGUUUUCGGUGUAAUUUGUUCUUGAAUCAGUUGUCUCCAUAUUGGCAGCAGGGCGAUUGAUCGGGUUUGUUUGGUUUCUGCGUAACCAGGAGCUGUUUGAUGUUAAGAAUGAAGUUGUUGUUCAUAGUUUUGUUGUCUUGUUCUUCUCCACUUUCGCAAUCGAGGAAUUAGUUGUUCUUUUGUUGCUCUUGUACGGACGUAAUAUCGUUUCGUUUCUCUGAAGUCUACUGCGGCGAAUCUGAUUCCCGUUGUUUUCCUAGGCUUGAAGCCCUAGACAUUGGUUCAGUGGCUGGUCGCUCAAUUUUAGGGUUUUGAAGCAUUUGACCUUGAUAUUUUGGUUUAGAGUCAUUUACUCCUGACUUGAAUAAGGAUAUUUAACCGUGGAAGUGGAACAAAAUCAGUUUCAUAUCAAGCUUUUGAACGCAAACUGUCGAUUAUUUGGCUAUUUAGGGGUUGUUGAUUCGGAUUGUUAAAGAGUACAGAGGAUUUCUUGGUUACUGUAAAUUGAACAGCAAUCAACUUCUUGAAGACAGAGGUGUUUGUCUCCGUUAAAGCAGAGGAAGACAAAAUUUUCCAUGGGUGCUGCAGGCGUCAAUUACAAGUAUGAAUAUUCCGUUUCUUCUCCUUCUCUGCUAUCACCUUUCGAAACGUAAUUUGGACCAAUGAUUCGUUUGGUCCGUUUUUGUACCUUGAAAGCUUUCAGAUCUUGUUAAUUAUUGGUAUGAGAAUCGAGAAAUAAUAGGAGAACGUGUUUUACAUUUCUUUUUUCAUCUGUCCAUGUGUUGAAUUUGAUGAGUUUUGGUCAAUAUUGAAAUCUGAGCCAACAGAAUUGUACAGUCAGGCUAAAGUUUGGCCUCCUACAAUUACUCUUGAAAAGUUUCCCGAAUAUCUCUGCGAAAUGUUAGAAUUUCUUUUUCUCAUUUUAGUUCUUCGUUUUAGAGUUUGUACUUUUCACGAAACUGGGUAGAUAUUUUCCCCAUUGGUUAAGAAGUUUAUACAGGGCCUCAGGGGAGAGUGAAGAAAACAUAAAACCUUUACUUGUCUCCUCAACAUUUUUUCAGUUAAUUAUCGCUUGCAUCUGUUCUUGAUCAUACCCUUGAAUUUGCAAUUGGAAUUUGGAAUCUGGAAUCGUGCUAUAUUAUCAUCCUAUUCACCAUUUUUGGUUUGGAUAAUUCUGGGAAUUUUAACAUGAACACUGGUGGAGGUCUCUGUUCUAACAACAUGAAUUCAGCUGUUUAUGAAUCAACUGUGACUCCUGAUCAACACUCUUCAGCAAAUGUCCAAUUGAAGGAAUUUGCACCCAAGGCAAGGAAACCUUACACAAUCACAAAACAAAGAGAAAGAUGGAAAGAAGAAGAACAUGAUAAGUUCAUAGAAGCUCUGAAGCUUUAUGGCCGUGAUUGGCGACAAAUAGAAGAGCAUGUGGGUACCAAGACAGCAGUUCAGAUUCGUAGCCAUGCUCAGAAGUUCUUCUCCAAGGUCACGCGUAAUUCAACUGGAUGUAGCACAAACUUAGUAGGAUGCAUUGAGAUUCCUCCGCCACGUCCGAAACGAAAGCCAGCGCAUCCAUAUCCCCGUAAAGAAGUAGCUCAUUCUCAUAAGCUAUCCUCCAUUUCAGAACAGACAAGGUCUUUAUCUCCACAGCUUUCAGAUAAAGAAUGCCAGUCUCCGACAUCAACCGUCGUAGCAGCGACGAGUGGUUCGGAUACGCUAAUGUUGGCCAAUUCAAGGAUUCAUCAUGAUAGUGCAUCUCCAGAUUCAUCUGUUCCAUCUUCAUUGGACAAUGAGUCUCCAACAGCAGCAGCCCCAGUACCAGAAAAUUCAACUCUCCAUGAGAAAACUUCAAAGAACCUGGAGUUAUUUGCAAAGGAUGAUAUCCAUGAAAAAGAUGACUCUACAAAAGAACCAUCACUCCAAAGUCUUAAGCUCUUUGGAAGAACUGUAUUAAUAUCAGAUCCCCACAAGCAAACUCCACCCAUAGAGACCUGUUCAUCCAGGGCCGACUCUAAACCAGGGGAAAACCAAAAACAAAUAUCACCAAGGAAAUCUCCUACACGAAAUCCAGAGAGCACUUGGAAUCAUGGAGCUUUCUAUUUCAUACAACGCAAUAGUGUCGACUCGAAUCAAGGCGCGGGUUCUACAGUCCCGGUAUCAUGGUGGAGUUCUUAUAACAGUUAUCCACUAUCUUUUGUACACUGUUUUAAUCAAGCACAUUCGAAUCCAAGUCGAGAAGUCGAUGAUAGGGAAGCCCACAAGGAUCAAUCAUGGUGCGGGUCGAACACGGGAUCGUUAAACAGUGGGGAAAAUGAUAUCCAAAGCAGCAGCAGCAGAGUAUUUCAGAGUAGAGAUGAGAUGAUUGGAAAAGCAUUGUCUUGUGAAUUAAUAAGUAGCCAUGAAAAGAACACCAAAGGGUUUGUGCCAUACAAAAGAUGCAUGACAGAGAGAGCAACACAGUCCCAUACAAUCACAGAUACAGAGAGGGAGGAGAAGAGGAUUAGGCUUUGCUUAUAGAUAAAUUUUGUACAGCCAUUAAGGAGAAGCAGAAGAGGCUUGGUAAAGUUUUGUUUAAAUAUAUAUAUAUAUUUUUUAACAAUGCCAUUUUUUAUAAUUUUUUUUCCUUUGUUCAUAUUAUACAUAAUUAUAUUCCUUCUUGUUUAUCUAAAUAAUUUUGUCAAUUUUUGUAAUUUUUGUAACCGUAAAUUCUCGGGAAAUUAAUAUUCUAUUUUGAUUCAAAACUUA